AUGGCCCCAGCAAACAAGGCUCGCGCUGCCGGUGUGAGCGCAAGCUCCUUCCUCGACCUCAAAGCCGAGCUCGCCAAGAAGGAGGAGCAGUUUACAAGGGACAAGGCGGCAGGCAAGAGCACCAGUCUCGUCGGAGGCGUGAAGCGACCUGACAAAAAACCCACGAAAUGGGGAACGUCUAACAAAGGAGUCAACGAACGGGCGGCAAGAGACGUCGAGCUCGAAGAGAUCAGCAGACCUACCCUGGAAGCAGCGCGGGCCGCUCUCGAAAGGAAGGCCCAGAUAUACGAGAAACUCGCCAAAGGGAAGAGUGGGGGUUUGAACGAGAAGCAGUACGAGACUUUGUUGGUCGAUUUCGACUCUAAGCCAAUAGACCCCUACGAAUCAGACAGCGAUGAUGUAGACGAGUCUCUGACCGUUCCAAGGUCUUCAGAACAUGACGAUGAUCCCAUCGUAGAAUAUGAAGACGAGUUUGGUAGGGCUCGUACCGGACGGCGCUCGGAGAUACCAAGGCAUCUUCUCCCGUCAGACCAGAAGGAGGAUGUGGACGACAUAGAUCCCUACGUGAUAUAUAAUCCUGUCAAUCACUUCCCUACCUACCAACCCUCCGAGGAAAAGAUCCAAGAAAUACAAGCAUCUUUGCUGGAGGAAGAUAACCCUCUCAACAUCCACUACGAUGCCAGUCAGGAGAAUCGCGCGAAAGGCGCAGGGUUCUACCAAUUCUCCGGCGACGAAGAAACCCGCAGGAAGCAGAUGGAAGAGCUGCAGAAAGUGCGAGAGGAGACGGAGAAGGUACGACAGGAGACGGGUGCAAUGGACGUCAGGCCUGGAGAGGUGGAAGGAUUGGCUACGACGGAGGGCCGAGGAGGUGCUGUCAUAUCCCAAAAGAGUCGCGCGCAAGAGAAGCGAAAACGGGAAAUCGAAGAGCGAAGAAGACUGCUAGAGGCGAAGAGGCGGAAGAAGGACCCGGCCGCGAACGUACCUGGGCUGUCGGGGAACGAUGAAACACCGAGCUUCAGCAUGCCUCCAGGUGAUAACGAUGAACCAGAACGUCCGCCACCAAAGAAGAAGCUCGUCCUGGAGAUCACUCAGAAGUCGCAAGAUCCUUUCGCUGCGUUGGAAGCGCGUGUCGAACCGGAUACCAGUAAAGGGAAACAACCCGUGAGGGCCGUGCAGGACGCGGACGCGUUCUUGGCUAGCCUCGAACGAGACAUUAUGGCAAAGAAGAGCUAGUUUACAACACACUAGAUGGGACACGUAUGCAGACACAUCCUCGUUUGUGCUUCUAGUUUUCCUGCUAAUUACACUUCCUUCAAGCGUUCCCGUGCUUCUUGAACCAAUCUUUCUGGACAAACCAGACUGUACCGCAUACCCUCCUUGAUAUACUCGACGCACGUCUCACCUCUCUUCUCGAACCUCUGCUUCACACCUUCCUUACCAGAGAUAAUGUCCUGUAUAAACGCCUUCGCCGCCGUUAGCACAUCCCGUGCGGGCCGCCCCGCUGUGACGUGCCCUGCGCAAAUCACCGCCGGCUUCUCCUUUCCGACCAGGUCGAUGAGCAUGUCGACGGAGUGCAUCCAGUCGACGAUCGAACCCUCGUUCGGGAAGAUGAUGUGCGCCCACUCGUAGAGCGUGUCGCCGACGUACAGCACACGCUCGUCCUCGUCCCACACCGCGAGCUCGUCGGGCGUGUGUCCGGGCGUGUGCAGCGCGAUCACGUUCGCGGGCCAGACGUCGCGCAGGCGUUCGCGGUGCUGCACGAGGGUCGGCGUGUACUUUGGAGUGGGGAUGUUCAGGGAGUCGCAGAGGGAGUGGCGGGGGAGGUUCUCUGGUGUGAUGAAGGAAGGGGUGUGCCCGGAGGCGAGGAUGGUGGAGUCCUCUGCGAAUUGCUCGACGCCGACUGUUCAUCGGCCGUGAGCAAAGUCAUCAUUCAGCUGCGCGUAUACGCGUGUACAGGACGUACGGAUGUGAUCGUAGUGGCAGUGUGUUAAGAGCACCGC